AUGAGUGACGCCGCCACCCCUUCCGCCACUACUGCCAGUAGCCCCGCCAUCACGACCACCAGUAGUACAUCGUCGGUGCCUUUCUCCGAUGGACUUGGCCGCAUCGACCGCACCGCAGACAACUCUGGCUUUGCAUUCACCGCCAUCGACCUCGUCGACAAGUCCCUCGACUCCCUCGAACCCAUUCGGUCGUUUCCCCACGUCAUGUUUGUAAACGUGUCCAAGAACAGCCUCACGGACGUGUCGGACGCGCUCGCGGCGCUCGAGUUUCUCGUCAGUGUCAACCUCUCGGAGAACCAGCUCACGACCGUCCCCAAGUUCGCCCACGCGUUUCUAAAGGACGUCGACUUGUCCAAGAACCAGCUCACGAGUCUCCAGGACGCCGAAGGCAAGAGCAUCGUCGCACUCAAACUGAACGGCAACCAACUGACGUCCAUCGAUGGCCUCGCCAACUUGACGGCGCUCAAGUCGGUGGAACUGGCGCGCAACCACAUUGACGCCAUCUCGCUGGCAACUGACAUGCCCAAUGUUGACCAUGUCGUGCUCAGCGAAAACAAGCUCACGACCCUCGCCGGCCUUGAAGCCUUCCCCAACCUGGCGUCCCUCAGCAUCGACCUCAACCAACUCGCCACUUUCGACGUCCUGGGUCCCCUGUCGCAGUUCCAAUUCCUCACCGACAUUGACCUCACUGGCAACUCUGUCACAGAACUCGACUCGUACCGGUUGGAUCUGCUGCUUCUCCUGCCUCGGAUAAAAAAGCUCGACGGGAUCCCUGUCACAGACGACGAGCGCGUGAAGGCCAUCGCGCUCAAGCAGCAGCGCGACGCCGCCGCCAAAGAGGCCGCUGAUCUCUAA